UUAUUUACAUUUAGAUCAGCUUUAGUGCCAUUUAUCAUUUUCUAGUCUAUUGCUAGUUUUGUUUUGGUUUAAUUUGAACUUGUUUUUGAUUAGUUUUAGUUUAAAAUGAGCACCACACUAUCCGUUGAGGACCUAGACUUCAUCGAAAGUGAAUUAAGCUUUGACGAUAAGGUUUCCCUACUCUUUAUUCUGUACGGCCAACGAAACCCGCGAUAUCUUUCACAAAUUAUCACGAUCGCUUGUCGCUCACCGGAAGAGGAAACUCACUUUCUGUUUGACUGGAAGAAUCACGCUGCUGGACCAGAAUGGAGUUCAGAACUGUUGGAAGCCCUUUUGAUUAUUCAGGCGAAUCUAUGUCUGGUCAAAUGUGGCCUCGAUGACGAUGAGCUGCGGGAGCGUUUCUUGCCCCACGUGAUCGAGUUGACCAGCUUUGUCCAUCCGGUGCUGAAGGGACUGUAUUUGCUAUGUGAAAAGAUGGACGAUGGUGUAGCUGGAAAGGUGAUUGACUAUUUGAAGAAAACUCAUUCCGUUGGGGUACUGAACUCGAGGUUUUUUGAGCUGGUACUUUUAGAGUUGAUUUCUGAAGAUUUAGUCAAACUUGGCUCAAAGUCUGCUGGAGAAGAGUGUGACCUGCUACUUCUAGUAGCAUGUUUCAAAUCGUUGGAUCUAUACGACCUGGCAGAGUUUUGCAAGCGAAUUUCAGACAGUUUCAACAAAGAACUGACCAACAAACAGAACCAGUCCGACAAUGUCCAGGGCUCGAGCAACUUCAAGCAGAUACCAAAGGUUGAGGAUCAGCAACAACUCGAUCCUGAUCGAUACUAUAUCCUUAAACAGCACGCUGGCAUCAUUCUGAUCAUCAACCAGUUCAAAUUCUACCGAGACCAAAAUCCAGAACUUAAAGACCUGCUUCCCCUUCGACCGCUCAACGAUCGUCGUGGAACCGAAGUGGACAAGCUGGCCAUCCUGAACAUCUUCACGGCGUUCGGCUAUCAACCGCUAGUUGUCGAAAACAUUCCCCACGCCGAGAUCCCCACGCAGGUCGAGCACGCCGUCAACGCCGUAAAGUCAACCCACUGUUCCCUGGUGGUCUGUCUGCUCUCCCAUGGUCAGGAGGGCAAAAUCUACGGCAGUAACAGCAUUCCAGUCAACGUAAAGUCCAUCGAGCGGGCAAUGGCCGCGGAAAAACUGACCGGAAAGCCCAAGCUGCUAUUUGUGCAAGCUUGUCAAGGGCCGGAUCUGCAGUCGGCCGUAGAGAUUCCGCAAAAGCUGGAACACGACGGGCCAUCGUCGGAAAAGACGGCGUCGGUGUUUGUGGACUUUCUGGUGGCCUGGUCCACGGUACCGGGAUUUGCAUCGGUGCGACACAUUGAGAAGGGGUCGUGGUUUAUUCAGGAGUUGUGUGUAAAGUUGAGGGAGUUGCAUCAGCGUGACCACAUAAUGGACAUUCUAACGGCUGUGAUAAAUGAUGUUUCCGGGAAACGAGGAUACGCCAACGAAUGCAUGGUGCCAAUCAUUUACAGUACUUUAAGGAAGAAACUAUUUUUUGAACCUUUGAAAAAUAAAUAGAGUUUAAAUAAAAU